GCGUCGGCUCCUCUCCUCCAGCAGCGCCCUUCAUCCCCUCUCCGACUAGACGCCCAGAGCCCCAGGCCGGACCGCAGAUCGAUCUUGACGCCGGCCAGGUGCGCACAUCAGGUACUGUAUAAUGGAUAUCGAUCCGGGUGCUGAUGGGUCGGUGCCUCCGGUUCCUCCGGUACUGAUCGGCAACUCAAGCGAUGUUGGUUGGAAGUAUGGCAAAUAUUGUGAUCCAAACAACAAGAGUAAAGUGAAAUGUGAUUUUUGUGGACAUAUUAGCACCGGCGGCAUCUACCGUUUGAAGAAACACAUUGUAGGUGUGGACAAUGUUGUGGCCUCAUGCAAGAAGGCUACACCGGAAGCUAAGGAGGCUUGCAAGAAAGCUCUUGAGAAAACCGUAGUUACAAAGGGAAUAAAGAGGCAACAUGACCAAGAUCUUAGAGAAGAUGUGCAUAUCUCAAGCUCGGUAGGAGAGGAAGUAUGUGUUGGGGGCUCAACCUCGGAGCCUAACAAAGUGGGUCCAAUGGACAAGUUUGUGCGUCCUAUUGAUGGAAAAUCAAGCAAGGAAGAAGCCUUGAGGCAAUUAAGUAUGAAUGAGGCUCUAUUUAAGGAGAGAGUGCAUCAAGCUUCACAAUAUGUUGCUAGAUGGGUGUAUACACAUGCUAUACCAUUCAAUGCUCUUGACAACGAUGAGUUCAAGCAAAUGUGUGAGGCCAUUGGAAAGUUUGGCCCCGGGUAUGAGCCUCCUAGUCAAUUUGAUCUUCGUGAGAAGUUGUUGACUGAGGAAUAUGCAAGAACCAAAUCUUUGCUAGACAAUCGUGAAGCGCAAAAGAUCAAGCUUGGAUGCACCAUUAUGACCGAUGCAUGGACGGACAUGAAGAGGAGAAGCAUAAUGAAUGUGUGCAUGCAUUGUAGCGGAGGAACUUCUUUCCUCAAGUCAAAGGAGACCUCGGAUGUGUCACAUACUGGGGAAGUCAUAUUUGAACUAGUGGACAAAGCAAUUGAGGAGGUAGGGGCUAAACAUGUGAUGCAAGUUUGCACGGACAAUGCUUCCAAUAACAUGGCAGCCAAGAAGUUGUUGCUUGAGAAGAGGCCAAAAAUAUUUUGGACCUCUUGUGCAACUCACACCAUCAACUUGAUGCUUCAAGGAAUUGGCAACAUCAAAAGGUUCAAGUCCAUAGUGGACCAAGCACAAAAAGUCACCAUCUUCAUCUAUGCGCAUCACAAGACUUUGGCAUAUAUGAGGAAAUGCACAAAGAGGAGAGAUAUCGUAAGGCCGGGGGUGACUAGAUUUGCUUCCAAUUUCCUUACUUUGCAAAGCUUGGCGGAAAAGAGAGAUGCUCUAAGGGGUAUGGUGGUUGAUAGAGCAUGGGAGGAGAUGCCGAUUGUGAAGACCAAGAAAGGAAAAGAUGCCACAGCCACCUUGAUGGAUGCUAACUUUUGGAAGGGGGUGACACUAUGCUUAAAGGUGUUUGAGCCAUUGGUUUCCCUUCUUCGUUUGGUUGAUGGGGAUGUCAAGCCAUCUUUGGCUUGGCUUUAUGGAGAAAUGUUGAAGGCAAAGACCAAGAUCAAGGAAGCAUUUGGAAAUAAUGAGAAGAACUAUAGAGAGACUAUAGCCAUUAUUGACAAGAAGUUGAAAGGAAGGCUUGAUAGUCCAUUGCACAAGACCGCAUAUCUCUUGAAUCCACACUACGCUUAUGCUAACAAAGAUAUCUUUGAUGAUUCAAGCAUGACCGUAGCUCUCAUGAAAUGUGCGGAGCAAUAUUUUGGAGAAGAUGAGAUAUCUGCGAAGAAAAUGAUCAAUGAUGAGUGGCUCCUAUAUGAAAACAUGGAAGGACCUUUCAAGAAAAAGCUUGCAACUUCAUGGGAAAGGGCAGAUUACAAUCCCGUUGGAUGGUGGAAGAUGUAUGGAACAGAAGUUCCUUUGUUGCAAAACAUGGCAAUGAGGAUCCUAUCAUUGACUUCUAGCUCUUCCGGCUGUGAAAGAAACUGGAGCAUAUAUGAAAUGAUUCACACCAAGAGAAGAAAUAGACUAACGAUUGACCGCCUCAACAAUAUGGUCUAUAUACAAUUCAAUACAAGGAUGCUGUCCAAAAGACAAAGGUUGAAGGAUAAGAGGAAAGCUGAUUCUCUUCUAAGUACUGAUGCAUCUGAAGCUCAAGGAUGGCUUUUCGAAGGAGGGGAUGAUUAUGCACUGGUUGUUUUUAGAGAUGAGGAGGAUGGAGACCAAGGCGUGCAUCCGGCUUCGGGGAUACCAUAUGAUGUGAUAGGAGAAGCAAUGGGAGCACAAGAGCAGCUCCAAGUUCGUAGGAGCGCAAGAGUGAGAGAUCUUGAGGAGGAGGAGUUUGAGUCCGAUGAAGAGGAUGUGCUAGAGGAGGAUGAAAUUGAGUAUGAGGAUGAUGAUGAGUAUUGAUCACUUCAUGUUCAUGAUCAUACCAUCAUAGACAGAUGCCUUAGAGUCUUGGGGAUAUGAUGGCGUCCAUGUGUGCUUAAUUGAGUUAAUUCUUGUGUUUUGUUAUGUUGUGUGAAACUUGCCACUGGAACUUGGAACCUCUUUUCUUUCAUGUAAUGUUGUGUGAGAGCAACGUGAGACUAUGCAGCAAUCAGCAUGCACUAAUAUGUUGUGUGGCCA